CCCCGCGUUUUUGAUUUUGAAAAUAAAGAGUGCCGUGACAACAGCCUUGUGUUCUCUCUUGGUGUGAGGUGUCGAAUUAACCUUGUGUGUUGCGAUUUUAGAUUUCUUCCGCCUUUCACUGACUGCCGAUUACGCGUGUUACAGAGCGGAUUCAUAGUCAAGAUUCUAUAAUGACUCUAGAAGAAUCUAGCAACUUUCAUCAGUCACUACCACCAACAAAUUUCAGUGGCAGUUAUUUGGCUAACGCUAAUCAAAUUAGCAAUCAAUAUCAUCAAAACAAUCAGAAUCCUACAAAUUAUCCUCCGCUAUUCCAUCCUGCAGCCGUGGCAGCUGUUGCCGCCGCUGCAGCAGCAGCUGGUUACACACAACAGUUCAAUUCAGGUGUUAUAAAUCGUCCACUUAAUUUAACAGCUAAUCCUACCGGUCCCAAUCCAUAUUUUUCUUCUGCAGACACAAGUAGAGCUUAUUAUGCUAGCUUUGCACUACAACAAUCUGGAUUAUAUCCUGGAUCUCAUACUUUCAAUAAUUUAGGAAAUGUUAAUAUACCUCAAGAUUUUUCAUUUCCAAAUUCCACUGCUGUCAUUCCUCCAUCUAGCACUGGAACAGGAUUCUCUCCAUGUUUAUCAACUAGUACAACAGAGUCUGAAAAUGGUUCCAAGUUGAAGAGAAUUGUUGCUUCGGUUAAGAGUACCAAAACUUCCACUAAUGGUACUCCUGGUAGUGGCAGUAUAAAAAUAAAUGUAAAAUCAUCCGGUAUUCGUGGUAGGAAAUCAAUUUCAUCUGAAGAGUUGGCCAAUCGUAAACGUCAAGAAUUUAAUGAACUUGUUAAAGCUCGUACUGAAAAACUUAUGUCCGAUGGUCCAAUUGUAAAUUCUUCAACCAAUUCCGGUCCUUUAUCAUCUUCAAGUUCCGCUGGUUCUACAGGACCAGAAUCCACUGGAUCACCAAAUUAUCGUAUAUUAAUUCAUGCUGUAUUAGAUGCAAAAAAAUCGGCACUUCUUAGAUCUCCAUCUGUUGUGCACUUUUUGACUAGUCAACAACGUUCACUCACUGAAUAUAAACGUCAAACAGAGCUAUUUUGUGUUACAAUGAACAGAUGAAAAAAUUAAUGUUAAAUCUUGAUAUUUUUUUGGACAAAUUCAUGUUGAUGUUUUUUGUGUUUUGUCUUUUUUAUGUUAUUAUUUAGUUAUAAUAAAAAAUAUAAUAUAUUC